AUGUCUGACACGGCACAAGCUGCCAUGAGUGUUGCAGGGACGGCUGAUCGUAAUGCUUUUGAGGGGGAAGCCAUUGAGAUUGCCUCACAGUGGGCGCAGGAAAAGAUUGAGAACUUCCUCAACGACAUUGAAAGAAAUAGCAAUGAUCACAAGUUGCUUAAGAUAAGCCACAUCAUCAGUCGCCGCACUUCCAUUGAUGUCUUCACUGGCGGGAGCUCAGACAUUGGCAAGUUUGCCAAGGACCUCAUCGUGAACCUUGCUGACAGUAAGGUGAUGAAAGGUCUUGGCAAUGUGGCUGGCUCGUUGUUGAACAAGCUGUUUGGGUCUGCUUCUGGUUCAGCACAGACGGAAAAGAUUUAUGAAGUUGCCUUUGAUGAGCUCGGUGAACUCAAUCGCCUUGACGCAUUUUUCUUUUGCUAUCGUUUUGCGUCAAGUGGAUUCAAUAAAGCCGUCAUAGGGACAUGCAUCGUUCGUUCUGCUGCUAUCAUGCUCGAUGACAACGCCUACCGUGUGGUUCUCACUAGCUCCGCCACCCUCUCCGACGAUCAGCGCGCCUCCCAGGUAGCCAACUAUCAGAAGCAAAUCUUGGACGGGCAUAGCAACCACGAAGCGGCUGAUUCUUCCUAA